UGCCGAAUAAAGACAAAUAGAAAAUAAAAUCAUAUUUCCGAAGCAAGAUUGUGCGCUCUCUUCCAAAUCAAAAAGAAAGAUCAAGAAGGAACAGAGACGACGAUCCCUCAUCCUUCUCGCCGGGUCCCUUAGUCUCCGCUCAUCUUCCGGCGGACACCGUAACCCUCGCUUCUUCCUCGUCGCUCUCGAUCUCGUAUGGGUACUGGCAAGGAUAGCAGCGAGGCCACCGACGAUCUCGACGACAUGCCGCUCGCGGAGCGGCGCAGCUUGAUUCGCCUCCGGAAGGCGGCUUCGCCUUUGUCUCGUGUUCCUGAGCCUCCAAAGUGUUCGAUUGACGAGCCUGGAGCGCGCGUAUCUUCUGAAACUUCCAAGGAGUGGCCGGGGUUACCAAGAGGUGUAAAAUUUAAACCCUCUGAUACUGAUCUACUCUGGCACUUGCUUGCAAAAGUAGGCAAGGCUACCGCUGAUCCACAUCCAUUCAUACACGAGUUCAUUACUUGCCUAGAUGAUUUUGAUAAAUUUGGUCAUACCCACCCUCAGAAUCUUCCUGGUAUAAAAGAUGGGACCACUACUUAUUUCUUUCACAAAUCUUUUAAGACUCAUGAUACCGAAGCUGAACAACAUGAUGAUUGUGGGGACGUGUGUUGGAAGAAGAAUGGCAGCAUCAAGCCUUUGAUCAUUGAUAACAAACACCGUGGAUAUAAGUCAAUAAUGGCUCUUCAUGCACGCAUGAACAGAUCCGAGAAUCUCAGUUGGAUAAUGCAUCAGUUUCAACUUGGCUCUGACAAUGAUGAUAUAGGGGAGUUUGUUGUUUCCAAGAUAUUCUCCCGAAGGAGUAGUCAAACCAAUGAAAUUUCAGAAGAGAAAACAAUGAACAUAGCCAUAGCUAUUCCUAGUAAUGCAGAAUUAGCAAUAUGUUCCACGUCACGUAAAACUGAAGUCCAUCAAGCUGAUCAACAUCUUGAUGUCACUGCGACAGACUCAACUUCACAGGAAAUUUUGAUGGAUGACCAUUACACGAAGGAAUCAGAGCCUUUGCAAGGUCCAAAUAUCAAGUGUUUAGAUGGUAUCUCUGCUACAAUCGACGAGCUUUAUCAUUUUGAUCAGCUUAUGAUGCAUGAAUAUUCGUCCAUGUUAUUGGCUAACACAAGUUCUGGAUAUGUUGAUUCCAAUUGUUCUAUUGGUCAAAGCAAAUGUGAUAUGAAUUGCGCUUCAGGAAAUCUAUUAGAUGCUGUUAAUGAUGGUUCUAUUCCACUAAAUGACAUGAUGAGUAACAGGGAAUCAGUUUCUAGAAAAGGUUUUUUUGACACUGCAAAGUGUUCAGCAUCAGUGCCUAUCUUUCAAAACAAUGAUUCACUUGUAGCUGCCUCUAGAGAUAACGAUGGUGUAUCUGCCCGGUUGGAUUAUGUGAAAAUGGAACCUACAGAGGAAGACCAUUUUGAGAUUACCACAACUCAGGAACAAAUGACAUCCAACUGCGCACAAGAGGUAGCACAGUCUAAAGUCACAGAGUCUCAUGCCUCAAGAGAAAAACUCAAGGAAGAACCUAUUGAUGAUGAUCUCUUCAGGAACAUGCUACACAAUAUAACAUCUGUAGAACAUGAUGUAGGGAUCUCUGAAUCUGUUUCUAACCCAAGUCUUUCUGAAAAGGCAAAUUUUUCCGAACAGUUUUUCCCCAAGAAUCAACAUUUUGAACGAGACAACACUGCAAGUGUUGUAUCUGUUCGUAGGAAAAGAAAGAAGACUGCAACGAGUUCAGUAAAGCAAGCACUUGAAGAAGAUGCACCUGGACUUCUGCAGAUUUUGCUGGACAGAGAUAUAUCAAUUGAGGAUAUCAAGCUUUAUGAGACUAUGGAAGAUGAUGAGGCUCUAGAGGUCUCUGAAGAAGAUGAUGAUUUCAAAGAGCUUGAAACUGUGAUCAAUAAGUUAUUUUCUGCACGAGCUUCCAUUUUCAAGUUUUCAGUAGCACGCCACAUGAAGGGAUCAAAGCCUUAUUAUGUAAAUUGUUUAAUUUCCCUGAUUAACCAGGCAAAAUAUCUGCGGUUUAGUAAAAAUUCAGUCCAAUGGGGGUGGUGCAGGGAUCUUCAAUCAUUCAUUUUCAUAUUUUAUUUGCAUAACAGAAUAGUGUUGGAACGUCCGGAAUAUGGCUAUGCCACCUAUUUCUUUGAGCUUGUGCAUGAUUUACCAAUUGACUGGCAGAUCAAGAGGUUGGUGACUGCAAUGAAGCUCACUAGCUGUGGCCGGGCCACUCUUAUCGAGAACAAACCUUUAGUGAUUGGCGAAGAUUUGACAGAGGGAGAAGCGCGUGUUUUGGAAGAGUAUGGCUGGACUUCCAACUGUGGGCUGGGGUCAAUGCUGAACUUUUGCGAUAGGGUUGUGCAUGACGCCAGAACUGAAAGCAACGAAUGGUGGAACAAAAUUGGUAAAAUGCUGAUGGCCGGCUAUGAAUCAGGGCGUAUUGUCCUAGACCAUCUCCCGAAGAAGGCCCAAAAGUACGCCAGGAACAAGAAUUUGCCAAAACAAGAGGGAGAACUGAUUUUGUAAUUUAUUUUUUUUAGUUUGUGUCAGAAACUGUUGGAUUAAUCGAAACCAAUACUACAUUUUGUUUGUGUAGCAGUCGUUUGGGGUCCAGUUCCUCAACAUCCAUUUUUCUUAAAAUGUAAAUUACCUACUCAAUAACUCUCUUAUAUUGGGGCAGAAUGUGAAAUAGUCA